CGAGCUCGACCCUCGGGGCUCCGAAGGGACCCCUCUACCGGCACCGUUCGCUGUCCGCGUGGCCGGCCCCGCUCCGUGUCUGGGCUUCCCCGCCCCGGUUCCGGCUCCGGCGAGCUCCGAGAAGCUGUCGACCUCAAGGGCAUCAAUAUUUCAGGGUGAUGAAACAAUCCAGUUGUGAUUCAGCCAGCUCAGAGCUCCCUAAGCCUGAAAAAGAGGCCCAGCCAGAUGUCGAGCCACACUCAAACACCCCGCUACAGGAGAAGGAGGCCAAGUUCAGAUCCGGAUGGGGGCUUGAGGCUGAGACUGAGCCCCUGGGGGCUGAAUCAGGGCCUGAGGCCAAGGCCAAGUCCUUGGGGGCCAACCCCAGGUCUGGAUGGGGGCCUGAGGCCACGGCCCAGCCAUUGGACUUCGUGGUGGCAACAGAACAGGACGGCACCGUGUGCUGGCCAAGCGAAACAGGAGUGAGGAGAGCCGGGGCCCAGGUGAAAAGGGGGUGAAGCUACGUUUGGGUGAGUGGACCUUAAGAAAGAGAGGAGGCGAGCCUCUCCCCCAGCCCCCGUCCGGAUGCUGAGGAGCCAGUUGGCCUUGGAACCAAAGAGUAGGAUGUGCGGAUCCAGGGGCCCAGCCAAUGAGGGUGGGAUGGAGACAACAGGGGUAGCAGAGGAACCCGAGGGAGGGGCUGGUGAUAGCUUCGGUGUUUGAGCAUUCAUUUGGAGUUCCUGGGAGCAGGAGCACAAAAAGAAGAGAGCAGGCAAGAGAGGGUAGACCGGGGGUGAGAGCAAGAGUGGGGUCAGGACCCCCGGUAGACCGAACUCGCGUAGGAAAAAGCACCUGGACGCGGUUAGGAGGACCAGCCCCUAGACGGGGUCCGGGGCGGAGCUAAGAAGAAGCGGGGCGUGGCAAGGCCCGGGGCGGGAGGGCGUAGCCAGCUCCUAGGGUGGAUCCAAGGGAAGGGGGCGUGGCCAGUGCUCAAGCAAGGGGUGCACGCGGAGCUGGAGCAUCUCAAGAGGUGGACGAGAGCCCGGCGAAUGAGCUCCCUCUCUGCCGGCUCUGGAAUUCGAGACCCAAGUGCUGAGGAGAUCUGGGGCAGGCCCGGGCCUGGCCUGGCGCCAGGGGUGGUGACGACGGAGUGCUCAGCGUGUGGGAAGAGGCGAGCCCUGCGAGCCGAGAGUCCCGGCAGGGGCGGAGGGCCCCCUAACGGCCUGGGUCCGCAGAUCGCGCUGGAGUCGGCGCACGUGAUCGACUCCGGGGAGACAGCGCUGGUGGAGGGGCUGUGCGUGGCUCCCCGGGAGCGCGGCAAGGGCGUGGCCGGGCUGCUGCGGCGCUUCUGCCCGCAGCUGGUCAAGACACAGAUCCCGGGGGUCAAGGUGGCACGGCUCACCCGGGACGACCAAGUGGGCCCCCGGGAGCUCAAGAAACACGGCCUAAUCACCAAGCAGGAGCAUCCUUUGGGUCUGAGUCAAUGCCUCCGUGCUACUGGCGCGGCUGGGCGUGUGCAGCUGGCGGCGCUGCGGGCCUCCGUCACCUCGCCGAGACCGUGUCGGAGACUGGCGGCGACGUGGCCCGCCUCCUACUGUUGCCUUCCGUGCAGCGCUACGUUCACCCAGGACUGGCAGCCCUACCGGCCACGUGAGAGCAACCUGCCCCUGCUGGCGGCCAAGGGCCUGGAGUGGCACGUAGACAGCGCAGCUCGCCCGCGCUUACCCACGCUGUGCACGCGCCCCUUCCCCAUUCCGCACGGCGGUGACGGCACGUGGCGCUACCUCAACGUCGACGCCGUGCGCAGCGUUGGUGCGCAGGCGCAGAGCCGGCUUCUGCGGCACCUGCAGGGCCAGGCCCCGCGCCUCGCCGGUCUCAACGCCAUGCGCCAGCUUUUCCUGGCGUCCCAGUUAUGGUCGCAGCUGGCUGACCUCUGCCAGGCCGGCUUGGGGCUCGAGCUGGUCAAGGGUUACACAGAACAGUACCCGCUGGAGGCCGACAUCUAGGGCCUCUCCUCUCGCAGGCGAGAGGAGCAUUUAGAUCCGUCCAUUUUCGCUGCUCUCCAGAAAGCCCCGCCCCCCAGUGUUUGCAAGCUCCGCCCCCUCCCCCUACUCUCCGUGGUCUGCUGGGAAGCCUGCUUACACUUACCGGAGCGCCCCGCCCCAACCUUUUAGCCUUGCCUCUCUGCCAUCUCGCCUCUAGCGCGCCCACUCUAUGGCCCACAACUGGAUCCGAUCGUCGGGUUUGGGGGAGGCCCUUGCUCUGCUAUGGUCCGCCGGUUCCCCUCACGGGCCAAAGAAUGGGUUCCUUCACAGGCUUCAGAGCCUUUUCUUGUCCGUCGCCCUGGGCUGGCGGGGAACUCCGUCCUUCCUGGCUUCUCCCUUCUGCCUCCUCGUGGGCGGAAGCGGGUAGAGGGAUGUGCAAGGUCCAGCUGCCCAACACGUAUUACUUUUCUUCCUCCCGCCCUUUCUCAAGCUCUCAGAGCUUGCUCCGCGCUCCCCUCCUGCCUCCCUCUCAGUCUCUUGCGCCUCUACAUCAGUGUCCCCUCUCUCCUUCUCUCUGAGCUCCCAUCCUCCUAUUCCCCGGACCCCCCCCCCCCCAGACACUUAGCUCCUCAUUGCCCAUUUGUCUGCUCCUCCCUUCCUCUUCCCCAUGAACUCUUCAUCACCCGCCCUGUGUGCAAUACGGAGAGAGAGCCUGUAAAUGAAACAAUCAUAAUGCCCUGUUGACCCUCUGGUGACACAUCUUUACAAGCCUGCCCCCCCGAUGGGGUUCGUCCAACUUUGCACGAUGUUGCUAUUUCCCAGGCCCCCUUCCUAUAUCCCCAACCAGUGCCUGAACCAGGACAUGAAACAGGGGGCUUGAGCUGGGAAGGGCAGUUUCCUCAGCCCAGUAUGGGGCUGUCUUCUGGCUCUAACCAGGCUUCCUUCUAGUGCAACUGGAACCCCUGCCUCCAGAUAUUUCUGGACAUCCCUCCCUUCCUCUGGUUCCUUUAUGGGGUUUGUUUUUUUUUUUUUUUUUUUUUUUGGAGUUCGGCAGUUUUCUAUUUCAAUGCAAGUAGUAACAGCUGCAGUUGCACAGCGCUGUCUUCUACACUGGAUCCUCACAUCUACCACCGAGGGAGGAAACAGGCUCAGAAAGAUCAAAGUGACUUCCAAGUCAUUCAGAGUAGCUGGGAGCCUGGCAGGGACUGGAGUUCAGGUCUGUCCCAAGCCAGAGCAUGCCUCAGAACCUCACUCGUUGUGGCGGUGACUGUUUGAACUUCUUGUUGGACGAUGGACAGUUGCUAGGGAUUUGUUGACAGUAAGCACAGGGGUCGCUGGGGAUGGAAUCAGAGACGUGGGCAGAGGAGGGCGCCAGGAGGUGGAAGAAGGUGGGCACGGAGGACAGCCGCUGCUCCAUCACUUCCCCCAGUUCCGGUUUUUGCUGUUGUGCUACACUGCCUUGCUUGUCUGCCUUCAGCGCCUGGCCAUGCUGCCACCCUCCCUGUCACUUCAGCCGUGGCUGUAUUACAAUAAAAAGGACCCUUAGCCCA